GCCCGUCGUCAGACCAAAGCAGUCGACUCAGUUCAGCACCUCCCGAACCAACCUGAACAAAAAAAAAAAGCAGAGAGAGACAGAAAUAACGAUAGAAGCGAUACCGAGACUCUUGAGGAUGAUCCAAGAACUGUUGAUUAACGUGAAAUAAGACGUAGUUCUGCAUUCGGCCUGGUUUUCAUCUCAGCUACCUUUGGGUCUCACGUUUACCUUCUCGUGCUGUUUUAAUCGAAUGUGGGGUUGAAGAUGACCUCAAGGAGGAAGUCUGAGGUUUCUGAAGAGAAAGAGGAAUAUGUGACACCAAACGGCUAUGAGCUGGAGAAACACCUCACACACGGCAGCGUCGCCUACACACACGUCAAUGAGGUCUGGCCCAACGUCUACAUAGGAAACGAAGAAACAGCAAAGGACCGAUACAAGCUGAAGACGAUGGGCAUCACGCACAUCCUGAACGCUGCUGAGGGCGAGUGGAACAGUGUGGAUACCGGGGCUGAAUACUACAGAGACAUGGACGUGCAUUACUACGGGAUCAUGGCCGAGGAUGUUCCUACAUUCAACCUCAGCCAGUAUUUCUAUUCUGCUGCAGAUCACAUCCACCAGACCCUCACAAACCCCCAGAAUAAGCUUCUGAUUCACUGCGUGAUGGGUCGCAGUCGCUCCGCCACGCUCUUCCUGGCCUACUUGAUGAUCUACGAGAACAUGACGGUCGUAGACGCCAUCGACCACGUCAAACGCCGGCGCCGCAUCAUCCCGAACUGGGGCUUCCUGAAGCAGCUGAGAGAGCUGGACACACACCUGCUGGAGCAGAGAAGAGCUCCAAGCACAGACACUUAAACACAAACAACAUUUACAACAACAUGAGAGCCAUUUCUGUUUACAGUGUUUAGGUUUCAGUUAUCUUCAGGUUUAGUCUGGUUCUAUGCAAAUAAACAGAACAGAAAGCUUU